GAACUUUAUUCAACAUGUAUAUUUGUCUAAUUGCUUUUUUUUAUGUUAGGCUAGUUGAAGCGGAGUACCAUACCUUUGUGUGGCAAAGUUGCACCACUAAUACAGAUCACCAGGCCAUUAAGGUUCACAGUGCCAAUGUGUCACCUACACCAGUCCAAAUCCCUGGACCACUUUAUGUAUCUUUCACAGUAUUUGUUCUGAAGCAAAUAGAAUUAGGAACAGAAAUUAGAUUUGAUGUUACCAGACAUUCCACCCUAGGAUAUGAUAUACAUGUCUCUUGUCUGUUUUUUCCUUUAGAAAGAUGCACCUUGGAUGUAUGUUCCAUCUUUGAAAUUUCGGCCAAUACAGCCAAUACAACCAAUACAACUCGUCAGAUCAUAAAGAUGUUUGAGUCAGUGAGGGUUAGCACACACUGCCCUGUCGCAAUCCAGCACAUAACCAUAGUUGAUUAUAGAAUCGAUAUCCCCAAAUUGGAUGGUCUUGCAAAAUAUUUAGUACCGGGUGACUAUACAGUUAAGGCAACUGUUUUACAUCAAGCUACAGGAAUCGAACUUGGCUGCUUUCGAUUCAGUAUAUCAUUAAAAGAGAAACCAAAGGAUUAUGGUUGGCUCCUGGGGAGGAAACGUCGUAACAACAAGAAUCCCAAUUGAUCUUCAUUUCGUUGCAGAUUAAUUUGUCUUUGACUCGAAUAUCAACGUCUGAAGUUCUUGAUAAACAAUGUUUCUAUUCUAA